AUGAAGCCGCGACUUCAGCGCCAGCUCAGUACCGAAAGCAUAAUUGCAAAGGAAAAAUUCUACAACUUUCUAUGCAAGUUACCAAAGGCGGUCGCCAGCGCGGUUGCGAAGCAGUGCAUGCAUGUCGUUCGCAAAAUAUCGCAGGAAAGCAGCUUUAUAUCGAUCGAAAACUUAUCCGAGAUGGUGCAGGAUUUUUACCAGACCAUGGCAGAAAGACUUAACAAAACAUACGGUACCGUCCUUGACUCCCACCGUGGUUCUGGCGAGAGGACGUGUUCUGUUUUUUUAAACUUUUUAGGUAUUACCGAUAAGUCGCCGGCGGUUGACGACAUUUUGGCUGAAAUCGAGACAUUCAUCUGCAUACGUUGUUAUUUAUACUUGUUCUGCAGCAGCACAGAUGAGGAAGGUAGUGAUCUGUCGAUGCAUGAUCGAAUUCGUACAUUGCAGUGGGUAGCUGGCGGGUUUCUCGAUCCCGGCUUGGAUUUGGAUAAACCAUCGGUCCGAGAACUUUUCGAUAAAACAGUGUCUGAGAUUAUCGACAUGAACAGCUGUAGAAGUCCUGGUUCGAAACUUCAGUGUUUGGUCACGUGUUGUAAGUUAAUCUUUGAGGCGUUUGAAGAAUCCCACGGCGUUCCAGCCAGUGCGGAUGAAUUUUUACCCGCCCUUAUAUAUGUUCUGUUGAAGUCGAAUCCUCCGCUGAUUCAGUCUAAUAUUAACUUCAUCACGCGUUUUUCCCUUCCGUGUAGAACGAUGUCUGGCGAAGCAGGCUAUUAUUUCACAAACUUGUGCUGCGCUUUGAACUUCAUCCAGAAUUUGAACGCGUCUUCUUUAAAGAUGCUUCCGGAAGAGUUUCAAGCAUACUCAUGUGGCGAACUUCUGCCUCCGGUCAACGAAACCACCGGCCGUUGUCGACAGGCCCUAAGAUCGCUGGAAGACUCUUUAGAGCAACUGAAAUUUUUGCGUACCAAGACCGAUGCUGCACUAAGCAAGGUCGAACAACUAAACUUGUACCUUGAUAGAGAGUGGAAACUGUGCCAUGAUAGAAUUGACACGUUUCUCACCUCGUUGCCUUCGGCAAAGAGGUCUGUUUCAGAUAGUAACCUGAUCAUUGAAACGAAUGACGAAUAUAUGGGGAACAGUGAGCCAGUACCUGAUGAAACUGGUCAUCCCGAUCUCGAUAAUAGUAUUCUGGUCAAACAGGAAGCUGUGAUGAUUUACGGCGGGAACCGAUGUACUGACGAGAAGUCGGUCGCUUACGUAAACUCGGUCGGACAGGGCGGGGAACAGUGGCGAUGGACUUCGAUCGCAACGGGGCUGCAAUACACCCUCAUAAUGGAGGCAAGGAAAUGCACGAACGUCGAGACGUCGAGCAACGAUUGUUCAUCUGUGUUGACUCGAUGCUCGAACUAA